GGGCGAUUAAAAAAGGCAGGCCUCCCCCGCAAAGGUAAAAACAAACAACCACCACCGCAUCGCGGCAGGCAAGGCAUCGCUCGCCAGCCACCGAGCGGAGGGGGGCGAACGCCAGGGGGGAAGCAAAAGCUUCGAUAAAAAGGAGAGGAGGAGACGAGGCGUGCCGUCCGAACCCAAGCAACUUCCCCCACCACCUCCCCUCCCCUCCCCUCCCCUCCCCUCCCAUGCCCGCAUCGAGAUCUUAGCGGGACAGCGACAGGAGAGGCGACGCGGACGCGGGCGCCCCCCGAUCCCUCCUCGCCGCCCGUCGCCGCAGCAGCAGCCGCCGACCGACCGGGGGAGGAGGAGGGGAGGGGAGGACGGACGCGAUGGAGGCCGACUCCGGGAAGCUCUUCGUCGGCGGCAUCUCCUGGGAGACGGAUGAGGACCGCCUCCGCGAGUACUUCGGCCGCUUCGGGGAGGUCACCGAGGCCGUCAUCAUGCGGGACCGCAACACCGGCCGCGCCCGCGGCUUCGGCUUCGUCGUCUUUGCCGACUCGGCCGUGGCGGAGCGCGUCACCACGGACAAGCACAUGAUCGACGGCCGCAUGGUGGAAGCCAAGAAGGCUGUUCCCAGGGACGACCAGAGUAUCGCGAGCAAGAACAAUGGCAGCAGCAUAGGGUCACCUGGACCAGGGCGUACUAGAAAGAUCUUUGUUGGAGGCCUGGCUUCAAACGUUACCGAGGUUGAGUUCAGAAGGUACUUUGAGCAAUUCGGUGUGAUAACCGAUGUGGUCGUGAUGUACGACCACAACACGCAGAGGCCUAGGGGAUUUGGUUUCAUCACCUAUGACUCAGAAGACGCUGUGGAUAAGGCUCUGCACAAGAACUUCCAUGAGCUGAAUGGUAAAAUGGUUGAGGUCAAGAGGGCUGUCCCAAAGGAGCAGUCUCCUGGACCCAUUGCACGUUCACCUGCAGGAGGGCAGAACUAUGCUAUGAGCAGAGUUCAUAACAUUCUGAAUGGCUUCAACCAUGGUUACAACCCGAACCCAAUUGGUGGUUAUGGCAUGAGGGUGGACGGAAGGUAUGGCCUCCUUACAGGUGCACGGAAUGGGUUCUCUUCGUUUGGUCCAGGUUUUGGAAUGGGCAUGAACAUGGAAGGUGGAAUGAGUGGAAAUUUUGGUGCAAGUUCUGGUUUCAUCAAUAGCUCCAAUGGACGACAAUUAGGUUCUUACUACAAUGGUAGUUCAAACAGAUUAGGUAGUCCUAUUGGGUAUGUUGGCCUUAAUGACGAUUCAGGAUCAAUACUGAGUUCAAUGUCUAGAAAUGUCUGGAGUAAUGGAAAUCUGAACUACACAGGCAACCCUACAAACAUGAAUGCUUUUGCUCCACCGGGAAAUGGUGGGGGUAUUCCUGGUGAUGGUAUUAGUUGGGGUGGCCUUAACUCUGCUCAUGGGAUGGGCAACCUUUCAAGCCUUGGGUUGGGAAACCUUGGUCGUGGAACUGGAGAUAGCAACUAUGGCUUGCCUUCUGGCAAUUAUGUGAGAAGCAAUUCAACUGGUACCAUUGGCGAGCCAUUUUCUGCAUCAGCCAAUGCAUAUGAAUCGAACAAUCCAGGUGCAUAUGGCAGCAGCUCUAUUUAUGGUGACUCAACCUGGAGGUUCACGUCAUCUGAGGUCGAGAUGCCUCCUUUUGGUCAUGACCUUGGAAAUGUUGAUCCGGAUAUCAAAUCAGAAAUAUCAGCAGGUUAUAUGGGCAACUAUACUGUUAAUAAUAAUCAGACAAGCAGAGGUAUCACUUCCUAGGGAGAGUAUUAUUAUAUUCAUAUAUGACUUGGGAUAGGUGAAACACCCACUACUAUAUCAGGCUUUCAGGUGCAUGACUGUGAAUUGGUGAUGUCAGAUUAAUAUACAGGUUAGUUGCUUGUUUCUAGGUAACCAGAGGUGUGGUUUACGAACACCAAAAAUGCUAGAGGAGCGGAUACAAACAUUUUGUGAAGCUUUCAGAUUUUAGUUUAAUUUCUACGUGUAUUAGGUCUUUGUUUUUUGAAUGAGAUGUGCAGUGUUGAUUGCGGCACAUACUUAGAAGUGUUCCAACAUAAGCUGGAAUUCUGUCAUACGGAAGGAUAAACUUGUAUACCAAAGGAAUGCUGUAUUAUCUUUGCCCAUUUAUGGCUACAUUAGCUCGCUUGUUUUUAUUCUCUUUAACCAUUCCAUUUGUAUACUAGAAAUUUGCUUGGCUUAAUAUUCAAACUAUUGGGGCGCAAAGCCAUCUUGACCCCGGUAAUAAAGCCACCAAAAGUGCAAACA